AUGGUGCGAAGAAGGAGACGCCAGGCUUUUCAACAUUUGAAAGAUCGCAUCAAGAUAAAAAUUGAUAGCUGGAGCACAAGGUUGUUAUCGCAGGGAGGGAAAGAAGUCUUCAUAAAGGCUAUUUUGCAAGCAAUUCCAACUUAUACGAUGGGCUGCUUUCUGUUACCGAAAUCAGUAUGUGAAGACAUUGAAAAAAUAAUAGCAAAUUUCUUGUGGCAAAAAGGGUAUGGGAAACGAGGGAUACAUUGGUGCUCUUGGAGUAAUUUAUGUGAACUAAAGGAGAAUGGAGGCCUUGGAUAUCGCAAUUUGACAAAAUUUAACCUGGCUCUUCUCGCGAAGCAAGGCUGGAGACUAAUUGAAAAUCCUACUUCUCUUCUAGCGAAAACCUUAAAAGCUAAAUAUCAUCCAAAUUCAGAGUUCUUAAACUCAGAACUAGGAAACUUACCCUCAUACACUUGGAAAAGUAUAUGGGCUGCAAAGGGUCUCUUGUUGUCGAGACUUUGUUGGCGAAUUGGCAACGGACGAGAUGUUCGAAUUGAAGAGGAUAUAUGGGUUCCAAAUGCUGAAAAUUUACAUAUUCAACAGGUGGUGAGAAAUCAGAGUAAAACGAGGGUAGUAGAUCUAAUCGACAGUAACAAUAGGUCAUGGAAAACAGAGCUGCUCGAACACACCUUCUCAACAGAUGAUGUCCAAAAAAUUCUCCAAAUCCCGCUCACUACAAUUCCCCACGACAACUUUCUGGCUUGGAGGGGGUAG